AUGUAUAUAUUUAUCUAUAUCAUGGAAGACCAGAUCAACAUUUCCUACAUAACUCUGUCUGGGUAUGUAGAUCUGAACAAAUACAGAUAUUUUUACUUCUUCAUUGUGCUCACUGUGUUCAUCUUAACAGUCUGCAGCAAUGCUACUAUUUUGUACCUCAUCUGGAUUCACAAAAACCUCCAUGAGCCGAUGUACAUCUUCAUCGCAGCUUUGCUGUUUAACGGUCUUCUUUACAGCACCAACAUUUACCCAAAGCUUUUGAUUGACUUUUUAUCUGAAAAACCCAUCAUAUCGUAUUCAGCUUGUCUGUUUCAAUUUUUCAUGUUUUACUCUUUCGGCGGCUCAGAGUUCCUCCUGCUAGCAGCCAUGGCCUUCGACAGAUAUGUGGCGAUAUGUAAACCUCUGAGAUACAGAAAUAUAAUGAAAAGAAGCACUGUCAGUACCUUCCUGAUCACGGCUUGGUUUGUGGCUGUUUUUUAUCCUGUUGUGCUAGCAAUGCUGAGUUAUCAAGCUAAGUUGUGUACAUUUAACUUGGAAGGAAUAUUUUGCAACAACACUAUUUAUGCCCUUCAGUGUGUGAGAUCAACCACAAUCACUGCAGUGGGGAUUGUAGCUUUAUUACAUGUUGUGGUGCUUCCUAUGCUCUUCACCAGCUUCACCUACGCAAACAUAUUUCGAAUAUCGUCCCGCAGCUCUAAGCAAUCCAGGAAAACAACAGUAGAGACCUGCGUGCCUCACCUGCUGGUUCUGACCAGCUACUUCUGUUUGAUGACGUAUGAUGUGGUCAUAGCCCGAGUUCAGUCCAAUUUCCCCAAAAUUGCACGAUUCAUAAUGACCAUGCAGAUAUCUCUGUAUCACCCUUUGUUUAACCCGUUCAUAUACGGUUUUAAAAUGAGGGAAAUCAAUAAACGUUUGAAGAAGCACUUUUUCAGAGCAGCCAAAGAAACAAGUCAGCAGUAA